AAUUAUCCAACGUUGUUGGUAUACCUAAACAUGAUGGAGCAGCAGUAUUUGCCGGUCCAAACAAAGACAUCAUUUUCUUGUUUGGAGGAGAAUUCGAGAAUGCAAGGACACAGUCGCCUAGACGUGCUUUCCUUCAUUCAGUUACCGAUGUUACAGAUAAUAUGUAUUUCUUCGGUGGUGCAUAUGGUA